AUGGGGCGUGUUUGGUGUAGUGGCUUACCUUUCCUACGGUGUGGCCAAAGUCGUGCCUAUCGUGCUGGAUGGGUUGGGUGCCAUCGAGGAAGUCUGGCAAUGGGCUCUGCUGGCAGUGACGCUGCUCUUCUUCGCAUAUGUGGAGGGCUACCGGGGGUUCCAGCUCGGCUUCUCCCCACGCGUCGUGAGCCGCGCAUGGGUCGUCUCGGAGGAGACAUCCGAAGCUCCGGUGUGGCACAAAGUGCUAGCGCCCGCGUUCUGCAUCGGGUACUUCCACGGCACGAAGCGGCGUGUAAUCACCAGUUGGGCUGUGACAACAGUUAUCUUCGCCGUCGUUAUAGGCGUCAAGCAGCUGGACAACCCCUACAGAGCCAUCAUCGACGCUGGCGUCAUCGUGGGGCUCAUGUGGGGCAUCCUGUCCAUCAUCGUCCUCUACAUCGCUUCGUUGCAAAGCCAGAAGCCCCCCGAGUACGAUCCGGUUGGCCCGGCCUCGCUUGCUGUCGAAGCGUUUUUUUGGGGUUUAGGGCUUUUGGGGUUGGGGUUUUGUGGUUCCUGGCUUUAGUAGCUUCUAGGCUUGGUUUUGGUAGGGUUUAG